UAUUCUGACAUUCUGUGGAUAUGUUUCAUUUAUGACAUUUCGGUGUUUCAAUAGUGCAUUUGACAUUCGACAUAUGCAGGAUUCCUGACAUAAGCCACUUGCUACACGUGAAUAGUUUAGGUUUCAUCAUCUUUUUGAAAAAACAAGUAACCGAUUACUUCUAUUUUAUAUUAGUAAUAAUUGUAAAGUUAGAUCUUCAAGAUGCCACUCUCCUGUAGAUUCUAUAAAGAAAAGUACCCCGAAGUUGAAGAUGUUGUUAUGGUUAAUGUUAGAGCAAUUGCUGAAAUGGGAGCCUAUGUCCACUUAUUAGAAUACAAAAAUAUUGAGGGUAUGAUAUUGCUCUCAGAAUUAUCCAGAAGACGUAUUAGAUCUAUUAACAAACUAAUCAGAGUCGGUAAGACAGAACCUGUAGUAGUUAUAAGAGUAGAUAAAGAUAAGGGAUAUAUUGAUCUUUCUAAAAGACGUGUAAGUGCUGAAGAUGUUGAAAAAUGUACAGAAAGGUUUGCUAAAGCCAAAGCUGUGAACUCCAUAUUGAGACAUGUAGCUGAAUUACUUCGUUAUGAAACUGAUGAACAAUUGGAAGAAUUGUAUCAAAAAACUGCAUGGUAUUUUGAAGAGAAGUAUAAGAAAAAUAAAGCGAGUGCUUAUGAUUUCUUUAAGCAAGCAGUAGUUGAUCCAAGCAUAUUAGCUGAAUGUGAUUUAGAUGAAAAUACUAAGGAAGUUUUGUUGAAUAAUAUUAAGCGUAAAUUGACUUCGCAAGCAGUGAAAGUACGAGCAGAUAUUGAAUGUGCUUGUUAUGGUUAUGAAGGAAUUGAUGCUGUCAAAACUGCAUUAAAAGCAGGUUUAGACUUAUCAACUGAAGAAUUGCCAAUUAAAAUAAAUUUGAUUGCUCCUCCACUUUAUGUUAUGACUACAUCAACCCCAGAAAAACAAGAUGGUCUCAAAGCUUUAAAUGAUGCUAUAGAAGUUAUUAAAAAGACAAUUAGCGGAUUAGGUGGAGUUUUUAAUAUUCAAAUGGCGCCCAAAGUUGUGACAGCAACAGAUGAAGCUGAACUUGUCAAGAAAAUGGAGCUAGCUGAAAUGGAAAAUACAGAGGUAGCUGGUGAUGAUGAGGAAGAUGAAGAUGAGGAAGAACAGGAUAGUGAAGAAGGGGAAAAUGCAGAGGAAGCAUAAAGGACACAUUUUUAAUUCGAGAAAUCUUAUGAAGUAUUAAUGAUAAAGAAUUUUUAUGAAUAAAACUUUUUUGACAUCUCAGAA